AUGAACGGGGGUGAUGGUGGAGAGGCGGUGGCUUCUUCUGCGGGUCCUCAGCCUCCACUCGAUUGGAAAUUUUCUCAGGUCUUUGGCGAGCGCACUGCUGGCGAAGAAGUACAAGAAGUUGAUAUUAUCUCUGCUAUCGAGUUUGAUAAAACUGGUGACCACCUUGCUACCGGUGACCGUGGGGGAAGGGUUGUGUUAUUUGAAAAAACUGAUAUGAAAGAGCAUGGUGGAAAUCGAAGAGAUUUGGAGAGAAUGGACUACCCAGUUAGGCGAAAUCCAGAGUUUCGGUACAAAACUGAAUUUCAAAGCCAUGAACUUGAGUUUGAUUAUCUCAAGAGUUUGGAAAUCAAGGAGAAAAUCAAUAAGAUCCGAUGGUGUCAGACGGCUAAUAGUGCCCUCUUUCUCCUGUCCACUAAUGACAAAACCAUUAAGUUUUGGAAGGUCCAAGAGAAGAAAGUCAAGAAAAUCUCUGUGAUGAAUGUUGAUCCUUCCAAAGUUGCAGGAAAUGGUAGUGUUGCUAAUGCAAAUGUUUCUCCUAGUCCUACUCACAAUCUUGCCAAUGGGGGCUAUAUAGAUCAAUCUUACAACUGCUUGAGCAAAGACGUGUCCUUUCCUCCCCCGACCAUUUCCUCACUGCGAUUACCAGUGGUCACAAGCAAUGAGACCAGUCUUGUCGCAAGAUGUAGGAGAGUAUACGCUCAUGCACAUGACUACCAUAUCAAUUCUAUUUCAACUAAUAGUGAUGAUGAAACAUUUAUAUCAGCUGAUGAUCUGCGAAUAAAUCUUUGGAACUUGGAUAUAAGUAAUAGAAGUUUCAAUAUCGUUGAUAUUAAGCUAACAAAUAUGGAGGAUCUAACUGAGGUGAUAACAUCAGCAGAGUUUCAUCCUACUCACUGUAACACAUUAGCAUACAGCAGUUCCAAAGGAUCAAUUCGUCUCAUUGAUUUGCGGCAAUCUGCAUUGUGUGAUUUACAUUCUAAAAUAUUUGAGGAACAGGAGGCAUCUGGUUCAAGAUCAUUUUUCACCGAGAUAAUAGCUUCAAUUUCAGAUAUCAAGUUUGCAAAAGAUGGAAGACACAUACUUAGUCGUGAUUACAUGACCCUUAAGUUAUGGGAUGUUAAUAUGGAUUCUGGUCCAGUGGCUACCUUCCAGGUUCACGAGCAUCUGAGACCCAAGCUGUGUGAUUUGUAUGAAAAUGAUUCCAUUUUUGACAAAUUCGAAUGUUGCCUGAGCGGUAAUGGUCAGCGAGUAGCAACUGGUUCUUACAGCAAUUUAUUUCGCGUGUUUGGAUGUGAUGCGGGGAGUACUGAAGCAACUACUCUGGAAGCUAGCAAAAAUCCAAUGAGAAGGCUAGUCCAGACCCCUUCAAGGACUUCGAGAGGCCUAAGCAGCAUAACUCGUGCUGUCAGGCGAGUUGCAGAAAGUCCAGGAGUUGAUGCCAAUGGAAACUCAUUUGAUUCUACUACCAAACUGCUUCACCUGGCAUGGCACCCGACUGAAAACUCUAUUGCCUGUGCUGCUGCAAAUAGCUUGUAUAUGUAUUAUGCAUAA